UUUCUUUUGAGUGCAUUUUCUUUCCCUUGAAUCACAGGGAGUGGUGGGUUUUGCCGUUUAGUUUUAGGGCAUUGGUGGAUCAUCGCCCCGUAGCUGCCAAAUGCUUCCCGCGUAAAUGAAAUGCCAAUUAUCUAUAAUCCAAUUGCGUGUUGUUUCUUGAGCCGACUAUGAAUGCGAACCCUAGCUUAGCAAUGGCAUAAAAUUCAUAUUCUUAAUACUAUCCAUUUUGUUGCCUCGAUUCAGGAAGAUAUAGUUUCUUCAACUCGCUCAUACUCUGAAAACGGGACUGAGAAAUAAUGGGUAGAAUUGCCGUAGCCGCCAUCGUCACUUUGUGGGUGGUUCCGAUCUCCAUCCUCGUCAACCGCAUUGUUCCUGAUUCUUAUAUGGACGAGAUAUUUCAUGUGCCUCAAGCUCAGAAAUACUGCAAUGGGAACUUCAGAAGUUGGGAUCCCAUGAUUACUACUCCUCCUGGAUUGUACUAUCUUUCACUUGCACAUGUUGCUUCUUUGUACCCCGGCAUUGUUUUUACUCGAGUAGCACCAUCGUUUUCUGCUGCCUGUUCCAUUCAGAUUCUUCGUUCUAUCAAUGGGAUUUUGGCAGUUUUGUGCAGUGUACUUGUAUAUGAGAUAAUCUCCCAUCUAAGGCCAAAUCUUGAUGAUAAAAGGGCAAUGAUUUAUGCUGUGAUUUUAGCACUUUAUCCACUCCAUUGGUUCUUCACUUUUCUGUAUUACACUGAUGUUGCAUCACUUACAGCCGUCCUUGCUAUGUACUUAGCAUGCUUGAAGAAGAAUUACUGGUUGAGUGCAUUGUUUGGUAUCUUUGCAGUUUUCAUUCGACAAACAAAUGUUAUAUGGAUGCUUUUUGUAGCAUGCUCUGGGGUUAUUGAUACAACUCUGACUUUCCACGAUGAUAAUAUACAAAUGCAUGAGAAUGAUGUAGUGGUGGAGGAAAGUAGUUCACUGAUCGCUAAAGGCAGUUUAACUUCUAAAGCAAACUUGCGAAAGAGAAAGUUUAGUCGUACAAAGGAUGUGGGUAAACAAGUUCCACAGUUCACAAGAUUCUCAUCAAUAAACCAGAAACUAGGUUUACUGGAUGAGAUUAGGGCCAUGAUUUUGACCAUGUGGCGUAUGAGAUUUAAGCUCUUGGUUUCAUUUUUCCCCUUUGUGAUUGUGCUUAUAGCCUUUGUCGCUUUUGUUUGUUGGAAUGGAAGUAUAGUUCUUGGUGCGAAGGAAGAACAUGCAGUCUCUCUGCAUUUUGCACAGAUAAUGUAUUUUGGUCUUUUUUCUGCUCUACUUAUGGCUCCAAUGCACUGUAAUCUAAGUCAAGUCAUAGAUUUAUUUCACUCAUUCUGGAAAGGCAGACCUCUUAGCUUUUUUCUAGUUUUCAUUGCUCUUCUUGCCGGCUUCAUCUCUGUCCAAUAUUUCAGCAUAGCUCACCUCUAUCUUCUAGCUGACAAUCGGCAUUACCCCUUCUACCUCUGGCGUAAAGUUAUCAACGUGCAUUGGUCAUCGAAGUACCUUCUCAUUCCAGCAUAUAUUUGUUCGUGGUUUUCCAUCAUCAAGAUACUAGGGGAAUCCCAGAGAAAAAUCUGGGUAGUGGCUUAUUUCUUAGCCACAGCUGCGGUUCUUGUUCCUGCUCCUUUGAUCGAGUUUAGAUACUUCACAACUCCAUUUUACUUCUUGAUGCUUCAUUCUCAAAUGAAUGGUAGACUAAAUUGGUCGUUGGUUGCACUUCUUUACAUAGCUUUGAAUGCCUUCACAAUGUUCAUGUUCCUGUUUCGUCCAUUUUACUGGGAAAAUGAAACUGGAAAGCAGAGGUUCAUUUGGUAGAUUAAAUCAUUCAAAAUGCAAGAAGGUCAGUACUGACUUGUAGUGUUACCAUUUCAUAAAGAAACUGAGUUUAAACGAUAGACAUAAUCAAGGCCUUUGUCCCUUUUCUUC